AUGGCUUCUGUGCAGCCCUUCCCAUCCAAUAGAGAAUUAUUUUUUCAUUUUUUUUCAUUUUCAUAUCCUCCUUUCUUCCCUUCCACCUCUUUACAUCUCCAAAAUUUUUACUGUCAUCAUUUCUUUUCCUUUUUUUUUUCUGUGUUGUGUAUUUAUUUUUUCUUUCUUUCAUUUGUUAAUUUAAUUUUUAGCACUUUUUCCCUUGUCUUUUUUCCUGUUUUUCUUUCCUUUUCUCUUUUUCUUUCCCUUUUCCUCUUUUUCAUCUGUUUUCUCCUCUUUCUUUUACUUUCAAUUCUCAUUACUUAUUUUUUUCCUUCCUUUCUUUCUGAUCUCUUCUUUCUUUCUUUCCCUUUUCCUCUUUUUCUUUCUCAUCUCCUUUUUAUCCUAUUCUCUCUCCUUUCUCUUUCUUUCCACUUUCCCUUCAUUUUUCUAGCUUUUUCCUCUACAUUUCUUUUCUUGCCUUUUCUCUUCCUCUUUCUUUCAUCAUUUCUCUUUCUCCUAUUGUCUCUUCUCUUUCUCCUCUUUAUUCCUUCUUGUUUCAUUUGCUUUUUUCCUUUCUUUCCAUUUUCUCUUAUCUUUAUAGUCUUCUCUUUCCGUUAUUUAUUUUUCUCUUCUUUUUCCAUUUUGACCUUUGCUCUCUUUCUCUUCUUUCCUGUUUUUAUUCUUUUUCACUUUAUUUUCAAUAUUCCUAUUUAUUUUCUCUUCCUUCUUUUUCUCCUGUUUCUUUAUAUUUAUCCUAUUUUUCUUCUCAUUCUCAUUUUAUUUUCUCUCCCUUUUCUCUCCUUCUCUCUUUUUCUGCUUUUUCUUUUUUUCUGUUAUCUUUCUUUUUUUCCACUUUCUUUUUUUUUUCCUGUUUUCUUUUCACUUUUUCUUUCUUUCACCUUUUCUUCCUUUUUUUCUGAGCACUUUUUUCCUGUUUCUUUUUUCUUCUCUCACUAUUAUAUCCUUUUAUUUUACUGGCACUUUUCUUUCCUCUUUUCAUUACUUUUCUCCUCUUUUUUCUUACCUUCUUUCUUCUUUUCUGUUUCUUUUCCUUCCUUUUCUGUUUCUGUUCUAUUUUUUUUUUUUUUUUUUUCUUUUCCUCUCAUCUUUUUAAUUUUUAUCUUUCAUCUGAUUCUUUUCUCUUUUUCCUUUCUUUCUCCUUUACUUUCUUUCUUUACUCUUUUCACUGUUUCCUUUUUUCUUUUCAGUCAUCAUAAUUUUGCUCUUUUUCUUCUUUUCUUUCUUUUGUUUUCCUCUUCUUUAUCUCAGUCUUUUUUUUUUAUUAUUUUUUCUCUCUUUUUAACAUUUGAUAUUUUAUUGUCUAACCAUUUUUUAAAUUAUCUAUCUUUCUUUUGUCUCAGUUCUCCUCUUUCAUAUAUCAUAAUUCCCCAUAUAUAA